CAACUACUACUUACAGAAGCUAGCUAGCAAAAGAAAGAAGAAGCAACAGGAUAAGAUGAUGAAAACCAAGGUCCUCACGCUUGUUGUCCUAGCCUUCGCCGUGGCGGGGGCGAACGCGCAGCGCUGCGGCGAGCAGGGCGAGGGUAUGGAGUGCCCCAACAACCUCUGCUGCAGCCAGCACGGGUACUGCGGCCUCGGCGGUGACUACUGCGGCAACGGCUGCCAGAACGGCGCCUGCUACACCAGCAAGCGCUGCGGCACGCAGGCCAACGGCGCCAUCUGCCCCAACAACCACUGCUGCAGCCAGUACGGCCACUGCGGCUUCGGCCAGGAGUACUGCGGCGACGGCUGCCAGAGCGGCCCCUGCCGCGCUAACAUCAAGUGCGGCAGCCAGGCCGGCGGCAAGCUGUGCGCCAACAACCUCUGCUGCAGCCAGUACGGAUACUGCGGCCUAGGCUCCGAGUUCUGCGGUGAGAACUGCCAGAGCGGCGCCUGCAGCGGCUCCAAGCAGUGCGGCAGGCAGGGCGGCGGCAGGGUUUGCACCAACAACUAUUGUUGCAGCCAGUACGGGCAUUGCGGCCUCGGCGGGGACUACUGUGGUACAGGCUGCCAGAGCGGCAGCUGCUCCUCUGGCUUGGAUGCCAUCGCCUUUAUCAUGAACAACUCCACCACCGAGUAAUUCCGAAGGGUUCAUGAGUAUUGCAGCGACAAAUAAAUCCGUGGCACGCAGUAGAUUCAUUGCCACGUAGUUUCCCUAGCUUCCCUUUGGCACACUGCCGUUUGCGGUAGUGCUUAAUAACUCUCUAGCUUGCAAUAUUAGGUUACUGCCAAAUGUUGCAAGGGGGAGGUAGUGUGUGGUAAUAUAGCUAUAGCUAUUGUUGCCACAAAUUUAGAUUUCAUGGUAGUCGGUAUGUUCUGUUCUCAGGAUGUACCGGAGUUUGUAAUGUAUUACGCCAGAAUAUCGUUGCAAUACACAUAUAUUAGCAUGGAUAUAAUCUA